GUAGUUCGCAGUUUGCGUAGUUGGUGGAGCGAAUGAAUAGAAGACGGGAGGUUGAUUCGGCGCGUCUAAACAAUUAAAUAUUUAGACAAUAUGUAAUAAAUUGUAAUUAACUACCGUUUCAAUUUUUAAACGGUGUCAAGACAUUUGUCAUCGAUUUCGUAUGAUCAGAGUGUCAUCAUCGUUGCUGUCACCAUAAAAAAUUGGCUGUUAAAAAGUAUAAGAAACAGUAAAUACGGCAUUAAAAAAUGGCAAUAUUACCACCUGAUCCAGUUUAUGUUCUACGUGGUGACAUGGGUCCUGUCCACAGUCUCGAUUUUAGAAUUUCUCCUUACGUUGAGCACCUCUACGCUGGUGCGGAAACUGGAAAUGUUCAUAUUUGGGACCUCAAAAGACACCGAGAAAUUUGUAAAUUAGAUGCUAUUAAAAAACAGUGCCUAGCUCUGCAUACACUUGACGAUGAAUAUUUAAUUGUACAAAGAAAAGACGGCUGUCUUGAUAUUUGGAACGCUGAUGGGUCUAAUUGGAUUCUUGAUAAAACUAUUGAUACCAAUUACUGUGGAUAUUGCAGACACCAGAUUUUGACUGAUGACAUUAUUCUUCUUCCACUACCUAAUUCACAGAUCGGUGCUCUGUCAUUAACAACUCAGGAAUUCGUUUAUAAAUUAGAUCCAAUCAUAUCUAAAGUACCUAAACCACUUGGCGAAGUUAUGGCGAUAAAAAAUUGCUCAUUUGAAAACAAUAUAAUACUUGUUGCGUACGAGAGCGGUGACAUAGCAGCGUGGAAUUUAAAAGAACGCGCUGUCGUCAGUUGGUUGAGUACCGACUCGUGUCCUAUGGCCAUUGAUUUCGACAGCUAUUGGAUGCGGGGAAUCAUCGGAAACCCGACAGACAAAUUAGAGGUGUUUGAUCUGAACAAAAGCAACCAACUGAUUCACAAGACAUCGAUAACACUGAAAAAUAGUGGGACAUCUGUGCUCGCAUCAAGAGCCGACUCGAAAGUUUUUGCUGCUGGCGGUUGGGAUGGACGAGUCCGGAUAUUUUCCUGGAAAACGCUGCGACCCCUCGCUGUCCUCAAUCAACAUAGAUCUAAUAUUUUUGAUAUUAUUUACUCGAAGGAAAAAGUCCAAGCGUUUAAUAAUAAAAAUCUUAUGGCCGCAGCUGGCAAAGACGGCACAGUCUCGCUAUGGGAUCUCUAUAAUCAAUAAAUAAAAACUAUAAGAUUUAAUAUCUACCAGUCACAAUUUACAUUUUGUUAAAAAAUUUAUUCUAACUCAUCCUAAUCAUGACGAUUAGUUUGUAUUA